CAGAAAAGAUCAUUUAAAGAACAAAGAAAUACCCCUUUGGAGGGUACUCUCUAAAAACUGCAGCAUGAAGGGUUAGUCUCGGCAUCGUUGACUGACUGCAUGGGCGUGUUUGCGUGUCAGACCGUGGGCGGGCGUGGCAGCAGGGCUGGUCCAGCCCCUGAGGCAUAGAAAAUGAGAAUCUAUUGAGCGGAGUCAGCUGAGGCCUUUAAACAGCCUGACAAAGAAGCGCUGGUGUCGCCCCAGCACAGACAGACGGACGGAUCUGUUCACAUCAACGAUCUGCGCUCUCUUGGGACGGCCUCGGUGCGGGGGUGUGCCGCACCCACCCAGCGGACGCGCUCCCGAGGAUGCACCAAGCUCUGCACCUGCAGCAGCCAGAGCCCUGAGGAAUAAAGCAGUUUAUAAGGUUUAAAGGCUUCCACUCCGACAAAGAAGAUGAGCAAAUCCCCGACCCCAAAGAGCAGCCCAGUGCAACGGAGCCCCAGUGAUGGUGUUCCUGAGGGCCUCCAGUCUCCUCAGCACUCCACGCCAGGUUCUGGACCACAGUACAAAAAGCGUAUCUCGAGCCUUCUUCAGAGUCCGUCAUUCAGAGAGGAGCUGGAUGUCCUGAUACAGGAGCAGAUGAAGAAAGGUGGAAGCUCUUCCAACCUGUGGGCACUAAAGCAGCUCGCUGACUUCAUGAGCACACAUGGCUCCCCAGCUGCCCUGCAAGUCGCACCAUCCAAUAUGAUGAUGGUGACACCCAUCAAUGACAUGCACGGAUGGGAGCCGGGCAGCUUGGUGAAAGGAGAGAGGCUGAUGCGCUGUAAGCUGGCCAGCACCCAUCGACUCUUUGACCUCUUUGGCUGGGCCCAGAUCAACCGAAUCUGUCUCACACUGCGUGUGAGUAAAGAGCAAGAACACUUCCUCGUGCUUCCAGAUGGCCUGGCCUACAGUGAGGUGACGGCUUCCAGUCUGGUAAAGGUGAACAUUCUGGGGGAGGUGGUGGAGAAGAGCAGCACCAAUCUACCAGUGGACCCAGAGAAGUUCAGCUUACACUCGGCCAUCUACUCAGCACGGCCCGACAUCCGCUGCCUGCUGCACCUCCACACGCCUGCAGCAGCAGCGGUUUCAGCCAUGAAGGGCGGCCUCCUGCCUCUGUCCCACGAGGCUCUGCUGGUUGGAGACGUGGCUUAUUAUGACUAUAAUGGAGUCAUGGAGGAGGAGGCGGACAGAGUGGAGCUGCAGAAGAGCUUAGGACCCACCUGUAAGGUUCUUGUGCUGAGGAAUCAUGGGAUUUUGGCACUUGGGGAAUCUGUGGAGGAGGCUUUCUAUACCAUCUACCACAUCCAGACAGCCUGCCAGAUUCAGGUGACUGCAUUGUGUAGUGCUGGUGGACAACAGAACCUUAUUCUGCUGGAUCGGACCGUCCACAAACCCGUCUCAGCCGGUUCUGUCGGCUGGGCCGGCUCCACUUUUGGACCCCUGCAUAAGAGCCGUGUAGGAGAGCACGAGUUUGAAGCCCUCAUGAGAACUCUAGAUAAUCUAGGCUACCGUACCGGCUACGCCUAUCGUUUCCCUGUGCUGCUUGAGCGGUCACGGACGCGGAGGGAUGUGGAGGUCCCUGCCACAGUGACGGCCUUCCACCAGUUUGAUGAUGACGGUGUCCAUCCUGCUUUGAGGCAGCACCCAUUUGUUCAGCGGCAGCAGCAGGAGAGGACACGAUGGCUCAACACCCCCAACACCUACCAGAAAGUCAGCCAAGAGCAAGUGAACCUGGGACACCAGCGGACCACUUGGCUGAAGACAGAGGAGGUGACACAAGCUGGCAGUACAGCCAUCAAGAUGGAGAACCCAAACCAGUUUGUGCCUCUCUUCACCAACCCUCAAGAGGUGAUCGAGACCCGGAACAAGAUCCGCCAACAGAAUCGUCAGGAUAUGAAAACGGCGGGACCGCAGUCUCAAGUUCUCGCAAGCGUUAUCACAGAUGACAGUCCUUCGGCUCCUGUGACCCCACCUAAAGACCCACCCGAGCCAGAACCUCCCAACCCCUUCAACCAGCUGACGGACCAGGAGCUGGAGGAGUACCGCAAGGAGGUGGAGAGGAAACGGGAUGGAGGGACCAACGUAGGGGAGGAGGUGGAAAAUGACAGCGAGUGUCCCCCCUCCAACACCCCCACAAAGGGCCCUUUGCCCGUCCACGCCCCCCCCUCAGAAGUGGAGACAAAGACAGACUCUCCCACCAUGCAGAAUGGAGGCGAGGAGGAGAAGCAGCUGACAGAAGAACUGGAGAAAGGGAUGAAGGCUCUCACAACCAACGACACCUCCACGCCUGCAGCUCCGCCCACUAAACCGCAAGGCGGGACUCCGGAGGGCUCGCCUUGCAAAUCCCCGUCCAAGAAGAAAAAGAAAUUCAAGCCUCCAAUGUUUCUGAAAAAGAGCAAGAAGCAGAAGGAGAAAGCAGAGACCUGAGUGCGUCUCUCCGAUGCAUCAGCCCUCGAUGCAGUUUAGUACUUUAGUGCAGCACAUGGACCGGAUGGCGUCAGACCCAACUCCAGCCAUGUCAGACCGUCUUCACAGACACCAUGUGUUGUGCUGUACCACUGAUUUUAAUGUUUGCUGUGGUUCAUCUCAAGCAGGUUUCAGAGCACCACUUUUGAUUUUCACGUCACCCAGAGUAAAUCAACUGUUUCAUUCCUGAUGAUCCUUUCCUCUGUUAUUCUUUUGAUUUGCUGCUAUCCCUUACUUCUCUGUAAUGACAGUUGACAGAUGCUGAUCUGGAGCAGCUGCCACACCCAUUUAUUUAUUUUUACUCCGUGUAGGUGGUGGUGGUGGUGGGGGGUCUCAAAAUCAUUUCACAUCUGUAGAUUCACAUUCACGCAUGUCACAAUUGUUACUCAUUAUAGACAUCUCUUAGUUAGCAUUUGGCUGUAGCUGUCAGAUAGAUGUUUCUGGUAUAAUCUGUGAGCACAAGAGCAGUACACGUGAAUGUGUGAUGACAGACUUUGUGCUCAGCUGAACGCUAGUUUUGUGGAUCACUCUCAGCCUAAUGUUUCAGCAGAUGAGAAAAGGGAACUUGACAGACUAGCAAAACCUUAAUCUGCUUUGAAUGCUCAUUAAAAAAAAAAUCCCAAAGUGAUCAAGCUCAACAUUUGUGGCUUUUCAAUGCAGUAAGACAGUUGGUGAUGAAAGACACUGGCAGUACUAAACAUUCCACUGUUCUUUAUUUUAAUGUGCAAAAUGACUCUACAGUGACAUUUUUCUGUUAGAAUCAGUAACUGUUAUUGAAAUGCUGAUGUAAUGUUGGUUUCUUGUUAUUUUCUAUUAGAAUGUGUACGUGAGCAUCGCAAGUUUGCCAUUUAUCGGUGAUUAAAGGACAAGUUUGAUUUUAA